ACUAUAGUCGUGCUAUCGCUCCUAACUUCACACUCAGCUGUUUGUUAUCUGUUAUUAUCAUAUCCAUAUCAUAUUGUAUUAUUAUAUCCAUAUCAUAUUGUAACGUGACUUGUGCUUUAGGAAUAUUUAAGAAUUUAACCGAUUAUCACGAGUUAUAAAUAACGAAUACAAUAUUGCAUUUUUCAUUGUUUAAGUUUACGUUCUAGUGUUUAUAUAUAUAUCAUCGUGCAUAUUAUAUUAUACAUAAAUAUUUUCGCAUAUCUCGAAACGAGAAAUGACGUCAUUUGCCGGAAAAGUUGUUUUAAUAACAGGAGCCAGUUCAGGAAUUGGAGCUGCGACAGCUGUUCAUCUGUCUCAGCUUGGUGCAUCGCUGUCAAUAAGUGGACGCAAUAAGGAUAAUUUAAAUAAAGUAGCUGAACAAUGUGGACAACCUAAACCAUUUAUUGUAACUGGAGAAUUAACUGAUGAAACUGAUGUGAAAAAUAUUAUUGACUCUACAAUUAAGCAUUAUGGCAAACUAGAUGUUUUAAUUAAUAAUGCUGGAGUUUUGGAAGCUGGCAAUAUAGAAUCUACAAAUCUGGAACAAUACGACAGGGUUUUCAAUAUAAACGUUCGUUCAAUAUAUCAACUGACAACACUAGCAGUACCAUAUUUAAUCAAAACAAAGGGCAAUAUUGUCAAUGUUUCUAGUGUAUGUGGAAUACGGUCUUUCCCAGGUUGUCUGGCAUAUUGCAUGAGUAAAGCAGCAGUGGAUCAAUUUACACAUUGCAUUGCUUUAGAAUUGGGUCCGAAACAGAUACGUGUGAAUGCUGUAAACCCUGGUGUUGUAGUAACAAAUCUCCACCGUAAUAGUGGUAUGAAUGAAGAACAGCUACAAACCUUUUUUGAGCAUAGCAAAGAGACGCAUGUUCUAGGAAGAACGGGCGAUGUUACAGAAGUUGCAAAGACUAUUGCGUUUUUAGCGAGCGAUGAUGCCAGUUUCAUUACAGGAGCAACAUUACCUGUGGAUGGAGGUAGACAUGCUAUGUGCCCUCGUUAAAAAUCUUUCAUCAUAUUUUGUGUAAACAAUAUACAAUAUAUUUAACAUAUACACAAUAUACAUCAUAUUGGGUUUACAACAGUAUACUAACGUCAAUGGAGAUCAAUUUAUAUAUUUGUACUCUACUCGGAUAAGUAGUUCUAACAAAAUUGUUUAUAUAAUGUUCUAUAUUCUUUUUCUAUACUUGUACAAAGAGUCUAAUAUUUACAUUUAACAUAUAUUUUAUGCGAAAGAAGUUACUUACAAUGUUUGUAUUCAAUAAAAUAAAAGGAAAUUAGAUCAAAAAA